ACCAAUUUUAAUAUAAUAUCGAUUAAAUUCAUCGGUCAUUUUAAUGAUUUAAAAAAAAUUCAAAUCAGGUUUUGUCACAGGUUCAGGAUGACUUUGAUAUUUGAUACAAAGUAUCGAUCGGAAAUGCUGAUUUAUUCACACGAAAAAAGUAAGCGAAUCGAAUGAACUAACUCAAUAAAUGAUUUUGCACUCAACAUAUACUGUUACAUGUAAUAUUUAAGUGCAUAUGACGUCAGAAAAUAUCAUAUGCGGGCGCAAAUAUCCUCAGAAGAUUCUUUCCUCCCUCAUAUGAUAUUUUCUGACGUCAUAUGCAGUUAAAUAUUACAUGUAACAGUAUAUGUUGAGUGCAAAAUCAAAAAAAAAAUAUUUCUGAAUGCAGAAAUAUACUCGAAUCCUGGACAAGGAAUGUUCACAUGUUUAUUACAUUAUAAGCUCUAUCUAAAAGACUGUUAGAAUUAUAGACGAGACAUUUUACUAAGUAUUCAUGCAAUAAAUCUUUCGAUGUUAAGUAUUUUAUAAAAAUUUAAACAUCGUCCUACGAACUUUUGGUCACCCCUAAGGAUAGUCAAGCAAAAUCAAACCAGCCGAUUUAUUUAAAAUUAAUUAAUGUUCUACGUGAAGCAACUGGUCAAUGUCAAAUAUAUAUUUUUUCUAAUAUUCUUAGUUUUCUGUUAAUCAUAUAGAACCACAUGAGAGAUGAGAAUAAACUUUAACAACGCAGCUCUCAGCGGGUGAUAGAAAAUAAGAUCCUUGGGACAACAUAUUUUAGACUAAUACUAAGAUCAUAAUAUUAUAUUGCAGAUGAUGUCCUCAGAGCACAUUUUUUGUCCACAGAGUAAAUUGAAUAUUUAGCGAAAUAAAAACAAACCCUUUAGCACAUUUGAUUCUAUUUCUCCUACAACAAAUUAUUAGCGAUUCUGAAUUAUAUUUCUUUUCUUGUUGACUGAUGGCAGAGAAACGAGCGCUGUUGGUAACUCUUUUGCAUUUCUAAACAUCUCCGUUAGACUUGCAUCAGUCUAACGCUUUUUUCUUCGAGAAAUUAUUUUAAACAUAAAAUCGAUGUUUGAGUUAUGGUUAUUGACGAUCGACGUUCCAAAGCGAUGACUAGUAAAAGAUUUACCAUGAUUGGCUGCUAUUAAAUUACUUUAGAACUCUUUAAUUUAGUUUAGUUGUACAACCGCUUAUCAGUUAAUAGAGAUUCAAACAGAACACAUUUCUGGAAGAAUCAAAAGAAGAUACCACGACCGGUUUCGACCUUUCUCAAGCUGGUGUGUUGUUUGUCGUGCCUUAACUCUGUCUUUUUCAAAGAAAACCAUCUGACGAGACCUUUGAAAAAGGUCGAAACCGGUCGUAGUAUCUUCUUUUGAUUCUUUCAGAAAUGAGUUCUAUUUGGAUCUCUAGUAACUAAUAAGCGGUUGUAAAACUAAACUAAAUUAAAAUCAUGUCAAACCGAGUUUCACAUUUCAUAUAUGUUUAGGACUCUUGUUCACCAUUGAUCAAUUAAUUUCAGAUGUUGUCGUUGAUGAUGGUAAAGCAGCGAGUGUUACUGAUACUUUGUUAAAAAAGCAUUCACGAGUAGUGAAUACACAAGCGUUUUAUCAAUUGAAUGUGUAUGAGAUUUCGUAAUGAACACUAGAAAAUGAACUAAUUUUAGGAGCGCAUGGAUCAUACCGAUGAUAGCAGCAGCAAAAGUAUACGCCAGCAAUUGUAUAAUUGAAAUGGCAAAAAUAUCGAACACCUUUUCUCCAUCUUCUGCAUGUGCAAAAGAUCUAAUCAUUUUUCAUUUAAAACAGAGAAAGGCUUAAAAACGACAUUUGUGUUCAACAAUGUCUUCCAUGAUGAAAGAUGAAACUGCAUGCUGCUAAAAGCAUUCUUGCCACAGCUAAUCGAUUACUAUCAGUUUUGAAAUAGAAAGAUACUCGGAUAUUUUUUUAAGGUUACAAAAGUGUUUUUUCCCGGAUUUUGAACAAGUUUUCUAGGAGCCUCGAAAAACCGGGUCUUCAAAUAAUAGCUUUUUCCUGAAUUCUUAUGCAAAAUUUUUCUAAACACACAGAUUUGUAAAGCAGACAUUUCUGAUGAAAAUAAGACCUCGCACAACUGUGUAUGACCUAACUUAACAAUGGCAGGGCUCAAAAUACUUUCUAAAACGUUCGAUUUUCAACCAAGUUUACAAUCAUUACUUUAAUAUUUAAAGAUAUGCGUUAGGAUCAUAACACAGGUUUAUAUGGGAAAAAGAUAAACAGCAUUUAUUUACAUAAUAAUAACUAGUAAACAUUCAUAAUUCUGCGCUCAAUGGCCAAAGCUUAAUUAUUUCGAAUAUGCAAUGUUGAAUAUACUCUGAUUUCAAAGUUCAAUUCUAUUAAUCGAUGCUUGUCAAUCAUCAAGAAACAGUGAGUAGCAUUUAAAGCGAAAAGAUAAAUAUUCAUUUGUCUCUGGUGUUUUGAUGAGUUUUUAUUUGCAUACACGAAUAUUUCGCUCAAUCAGCUUUUCAACAAUGACAUAAGAUUUACAACAUGUUCUCAGACGUACACGACUGUGCAUUUUAAGGCCCGAUGAGGCUCGAUUGUCUCCGUUUCGAUAUGUUUUAUGUGAAUGUACAGAGAUGAAUCGCAAGCUCUCACAGUUUGAGUAAGUUCGAUGAGUCUCUCUGUACAGGUAAGCUUUGAUAUUUGCUUAAAUAAUUGAGAGCAUAGACCUUAUUGAAAAUAUUUUCUUGUUUUAGAAAAAAUAGCAAAAAUAGUAAGAGAAUGAACGUGAAUAUGAUGUAGAAUGCAAAUAAAAUGAUAUAACUUUUCAAUUGAAACUCAAAGCAACGGCUAGUUUACUUUCAACCGUUAUUCCUUCACACCAAUUCUUUUACACAUCGAUAUGUGGAAGAGUUAAAAAAAAUUCAGAGAUGAGACUGCGUGAUCAGAUGCCAACUGAAAUUAUUUUCCAAACAUCACAAAAUUCGCGCGCUUUUUAAGAUGUUUUUCAAGAAGUAAUCAUUUUCUUAGAACUUUUUCUUUAAUAUUUUGCUUUUGUUAUUGAAAACGGUCUAUUUUCUUUUUUUUCUCAUUCAAUUAUCAUGAUUUCGCAUAUAAUUAGAAGAACUGAGCGUUCUAUAGGAAUUAUAAUUUACUUUAAAAACAAAAUCAAAAGCUUAAUCAUCUUCAACGAGAGAUACUGGUCACUCUACCGUUGAAUGCAGAGAAGUUGUCAGAAAACACUGUACCACCGCCACUUUAUGUGAGCAUUGUUUAAAAAAAAACAGCGCAAUUCCUUUGAAAAAACAUUGGCUAUAAAUUAUUUUAGAAAAUUUGCCUUAAAUUCAAAUUAUUUUCAAAAAAAUGCAAGCAACAAAAAUUUAAUUAUUUUCUUUGAUAUUGUAUGCUCGAGAUAAAUCUGAUGCACAUUACUUUCAAAACAAACAUUUACACAUUUAAUUCUUCAAUAAAUUGUAUCGAUUUUUGAAAUUAAAAUUGGAUACUGAGUUUUUGACUGGAAGUAAUAACGUGGAGAUAAAAAUAAAAAUAAAAAUAAGAAGCAACAUAGGUACGGAUAAAUUUUCUAAGUAAAAAUUUGUUCAAUUUUUUGCUUUGUCAUUAUUCGUGGGUGUGGAUAUGUCAUGUAAACUGCUACGGUUUUUUAAGAAGUUUUUGCUCUAUUUACCAAUGAGAUAGGUAGGAGACUAUAAAAGAACUUGUCAGCAUAGAUCCAGGUCUGAAAAUGCUACUUCUUCAUUUGAAAGUUGAUCAUUUUAAUAUGAUCCCACUUAGUAAAGAAGAUAUCAUAUGACAUAUUUUCUAGAUAUAACUCUACACAUUAAUACACUUGUUUGAUAAUAGGAGGAGUUUCACAAAAUAUAACAUAUAGAUGUUUUACUCUUGGGGAAACAUCGAGGGAACAGAAAAGUAAACCGAAUUUAAGAACAUAGUAAGAAAUCCUAUUAAUCGUUCAGAUUCUGUUUAACAUGUCAUAAAAAAUCUGAAGAGGAUAGAUUGAAUCUACCCUAUCAUAGUCGUGAAAUCUUUCAACUAUAAUAGAACAUUAAGUUUUUGUCAUAAUCGAAUUCCAAUGUCUUGAUCUAAAAAUUUUCAACGUUAAAUUUUUUAGCAUCAUUUAUCAUUGAUAAAUACUGAUCAGAAAUGCGAUCAUGUAGUAUUAAUACAGUAAUAGGAAUAUUAUCUAUGAUGGAAAUAUAUUCUGUAUCUAUUUAUCUAUAUGCUUGAGAGUAUCUCUAUUCAUUAUUUAUUAAACGAUAUAUACUUAUUUUACACGCUCAUUUUUCAAUAGAACGAAGAGGACUCAUUCAUUAUAUUUAAUACUAUUACCGUUGACAGAAAAAAUGGAAACGUACGAAAAAGGAUUGACUGAAUGAUGAAUCUUCAUUGUGUCUUCUUCGUUUUCUCAACAAUUUCCUUUUACGCGUCAAUUGACGUUCUUUUUUCCCAUUUUUUUUUCUCAUUCUUUCGCUUACAAGACAUUAUUACGGUAUUUAUUCUAUGGAUAACAAUUACCUUUAUAUAAUCGAGAAAAAUGAAGAAAAAUAAAUGUAGAGAGAAAGAGAGAGCGAGACAGAGAGAGAGAAAAGGAAAAAUGAAGAGUUUGUUCUUUACAUAAAUUGUUACUAUGUGAUGAGAAACCGUAUAUCAACUAGUGUGUUUUGUUUUCUUGUACAUAAUAAUAGAUGAAAAACUUGACACUUUUACAUUAAAACGAAAAAAAAACAGACCAAUUUCGUAUUUGUUAAAUCUUUUUCCAAUCGGGUAAGUAAAUUUAACAAUAAAAAUCUUUUAGAUUCGAUCAUCAUAGUUGAUCCUCUGAACUUGAAACGGAUUUUCCAAGAUAAAAUUUUUAUACUAUUUGGCAUUUUUCCUAUGAGUAAAAUCAUUCAUAGUUGUAUAAAAUAUCAUUUUUCAAUAGUCUACACUGAAAAUGUAUAACUUUUUGAAGAAUAUCAACUAAUUAAAAUAUUUAUAAUAUCAUGAUGAAUAAAAAAUUUGAUUGAAUUUUGUCGAAUAAUGUGUGAAACGAGUUGUGUCUAUUGUCUGUUUAAAGUUUUAACUCAUUUGAUUGUUUAGCGUUCAAAGCUAUAUGAUGAUCAUAAAAUGUUAUUUGUUUUUAAAGAUCAGUCAUGCUUUUAAUAGGAUAUUAAGCUAAUUUUUUGAUUGUUCAUGGGUAAAUUGCUACUUCGAUUUCUCUAAUUACAUUCAUUCUAAACUAACAAAUUAGUUUAAUAUAUAUUUUUUUUAUUAAAAUUAAUCAGAAAUGCAUAAUUUAAUUUGAUAUUCUCCAACGAGUAAUUAACAGUGGAAAAUAUAUAUAUUUACAAUAUUUUUCUAUUAGAAGAAAAUAUUGUUGUUAAAUUCCUAUUUGUUUAUUUCUUUGUUUUAGUUAUGGCUGCUAAUGGUGAACAAACAUCGAAUAGUUUUGGCUUAGUACAUCUGCCUGAAUAUGAUUGUUUAAUGGAAGAUAAAUCUGUUAAAUUAUCAUCUCAUCAUAAUAAUAAUAACAAAGAUCUUCGAUGUAUAAAACAAAGUGGUAGUGAUAAAUUAACAUUUUGCUUAUUAAUCUCACUCAUACUAGCAAUUGGAAUUAUUUUAUGUCUGUUAUUAUUGUACGUGUUACAUAUAAGAACAAAAAAAGAUAAAUUAUGUGUCACACCGGGUUGUAUUACUUUAGCGGGUGAUAUUUAUAAUGCAAUGGAUUUAACAGUAGAUCCGUGUGAAGAUUUUUAUCAAUUUGCUUGUGGAAACUGGGAUAAGCAACAUCCAGUUCCUGAAGGUCGUAGUGUAAGAUCUUCGUUUGAAUCAUUUGUAAAUGAUGUUGUUGAUCUAUAUAGAGAAUUGCUGAGGAAACCAGUAUUACUGAAUGAGCCGGAUGCGGUGAAAAAAUUGAAAAUAUUCUAUCAAACAUGUAUAAGUCCAGAUAGAGAUUCGGCUGCAAAUGAAAAUGUCACACUACUCACAAACAAAUUAGAACAAGUUGGAGGUUUUCCAGUAUUAUACGGAGACAAAUGGAAACCUAAAUUAUCGCUUGAACAGUUGUUAGCUACUUUACAUUUAAAAUUUAACAUUGAACCAUUGUUUGAGUUAAAAGUAGCAGCUGAUGAUAUGAACAAUACUCAACAUAUUAUUCUAAUCAAUCAUCCAUCAUUAUUUCUUCAAGCAUCGGCUGCUUAUGAAUCACCAGAAGAAGUAGACGCGUAUUUGCAUUUUAUGAUUAGCGUUACAACGAAUCUUGGUGCAAACCAAACUUAUGCAAAACACGAAAUGAAACGAAUACUCGAAUUAGAAAAGGCAUUGGCCAACAUUCGAAUUGAUCAACUGGGAACUGUGAUGGAUUUUUAUAAUAAAGUCAGUAUCGAACAAUUACAGUUAAUGGUGCCAUCUAUUAAUUGGUCAGUGUAUUUUUAUCAUGUUUUCAAAGAAAAAAUACCAUCUCAUGAACAGAUUAUUGUAUUAUACGCUACUGAUUACAUGAAAGAGUUAGAAAGACUUCUUAAAUUAUUUGAUAUUAGGACAUUUACUAAUUAUGGUCUGUGGCGUGUAAUAGCUAAUCUUGUGCCGGAUAUGAGUAAAAAUUUUCGCGAAUAUCAUCAUGAACUCGCACGUCUUACACAGGGCGCUGCUCUCAAUGGUAUUGGUUCCCAUUGUUUACUCAAUCGUGCUGAUGAAACAUUUGCUAUAGCAAUGACAUAUAUCUACUUAAAAUCCCAAACAGAAGUUAAUAUUCGCGAAGAGUUACAAGAAUUAAUUCAAAAUAUAAGAGAAACUUUUUACGAAACAAUAACGAUAAAUAAAUGGAUGACAAAUGAUACAAAAAAUGUUGCAUUAGCAAAAGCACAACGUAUGAGUGAAUUUAUUGCUUAUCCAUUAGAAGCACUCAACGAGACAUAUCUUAAUACAAGUCACGCUCAUUUAAAUAUUACAACAGAAUCACAUUUGAAUAAUGUCAUUAAUUUAUUAGAAAAUGAAGUAAAAAAGAAUAUUGCACUAUUUCGAAAACCUGUCGAUAAAAAACAAUGGAUGACAAGUUCGGCACAAGUCAACGCAUUGUAUGACAGUAAUAGAAAUGCAAUAAUAAUACCUGUUGGCAUGACAAGACCAUUUCUAUAUAGUUCAAAGUUUCCGCAUUAUGUGAUUUAUGCUCGAAUCGGAAUGGUCAUUUCUCAUGAAAUUGUACAUGGUUUUGAUACAAAUGGACGUUAUUUUGAUGAACAUGGAAAUUUAAAAUAUUGGUGGAAUAAUGAAACAGAUGCUACGUAUAAAAACACGGAGCGAUGCAUAAUCGAUCAAUAUUCAAAUUAUAUGUAUGAACAAGUUAAUAUGACACUGAAUGGAAAUACUACUCGUUCUGAAAAUAUUGCUGAUAUUGCCGGUACAAAAUUAGCUUUUCAGGCAUAUAAAAGAUGGGUGAAGGUACAUGGAAAUGAACCUCGCUUACCACUACUUGAUCAUUAUGAUCCACUUCAACUAUUCUUCAUAUCAUUUAGUCAAAUUUGGUGUGGAAAUUACUUGAGUGAAAGACUAAAGAAAGAUAUUCGAGACAUGAUUCAUACACCGUUUCGAUACCGGUAA